CCGGGUUGAGAGCCUGCGCUGGGACCAGAGCAGUGACUGCUGAGCCGGCGGGGGCCCCCUGCAUCUCAGGCCCCCAUCUCCGUCGCCCCCUGAGCCAUGGCCUGCAGCCUCAAGGACGAGCUGCUCUGCUCUAUCUGUCUGAGCAUCUACCAGGACCCUGUGAGCCUGGGCUGCGAGCACUACUUCUGCCGCCGCUGCAUCACCGAGCAUUGGGUGCGGCAGGAGGCGCAGGGCGCCCGCGACUGCCCCGAGUGCCGGCGGACGUUCGCCGAGCCGGCGUUCGCCCCCAGCCUCAAGCUGGCCAACAUCGUGGAGCGCUACAGCGCCUUCCCGCUGGACGCCAUCCUCAAUGCGCGCCGUGCGGCACGACCCUGCCAGGCGCACGACAAGGUCAAGCUCUUCUGCCUCACGGAUCGUGCACUGCUCUGCUUCUUCUGCGACGAGCCCGCGCUGCACGAGCAGCACCAAGUCACCGGCAUCGACGAUGCCUUCGAGGAGUUGCAGAAAUCCAGGGGGCUGGACCAGAUGGUCCCGGGAGCUCCUUCCUGCCCUGGCUGCCUGAGGACGCAGGGAGGCACCUGGACACAGCAAGGGAGGGAGCUGAAGGAGCAGCUUCAGGCCCUUCAGGACAGCGAGCGGGAGCACACAGAGGCGCUGCAGCUCCUCAAACGACAGCUGGCGGAGACCAAGUCUUCCACCAAAAGCCUGCGCACCACUAUCAGCGAGGCCUUCGAGCGGCUGCACCGGCUGCUGCGGGAGCGGCAGAAGGCCAUGCUGGAGGAGCUGGAGGCCGACACGGCGCGCACACUGACCGACAUUGAGCAGAAAGUCCAGCGCUACAGCCAGCAGCUGCGCAAGGUGCAGGAAGGGGCCCAGAUCCUGCAGGAGCGGCUGGCCGAGACGGACCGACACACCUUCCUGGCCGGGGUGGCCUCACUGUCAGAGAGGCUCAAAGGCAAAAUCCACGAGACCAACCUGACAUACGAAGACUUUCCAACCUCCAAGUACACAGGCCCCCUGCAGUACACCAUCUGGAAGUCCCUGUUUCAGGACAUCCACCCAGUGCCAGCUGCCCUGACCCUGGACCCGGGCACCGCCCACCAGCGCCUGAUUCUGUCAGAUGACUGCACCAUCGUGGCCUACGGCAACCUGCACCCACAGCCUCUGCAGGACUCGCCAAAGCGCUUCGACGUGGAGGUGUCGGUGCUGGGCUCCGAGGCCUUCAGUGGCGGCGUCCACUACUGGGAGGUGGUGGUGGCGGAGAAGACCCAGUGGGUGAUCGGGCUGGCACACGAGGCCGCAAGCCGCAAGGGCAGCAUCCAGAUCCAGCCGAGCCGCGGUUUCUACUGCAUCGUCAUGCACGAUGGCAACCAGUACAGCGCCUGCACGGAGCCCUGGACACGGCUCAACGUCCGAGAUAAGCUUGACAAGGUGGGCGUCUUCCUGGACUACGACCAAGGCCUGCUUAUCUUCUACAACGCCGAUGACAUGUCCUGGCUGUACACCUUCCGUGAGAAGUUCCCUGGCAAGCUCUGCUCCUACUUCAGCCCCGGGCAGAGCCACGCCAAUGGCAAGAAUGUGCAGCCCUUGAGGAUCAACACCGUCCGUAUCUAGCGCAACGGAAGGAACCCGCAAGCACCAGGGCCAAGGCCGCCAGCAAGAGCCCUGCCCAGGGGACGGAGGCCUGACUCCGGUCCAGCUCGGCGAGCCUGAGACCCCAGGCUCGUCGUUUACCCUUCAGCCUCCCUCAUCUGUUAAAUGGAGGUUGUGCUCCGAGACUCCUAAGCCCUCUCUCAGCAUUGAUGUUCUGUAGCUCUGACCUUGAUGGGGAUGUACCUUUGGUCCAAGGAUGUGACAUGGCUUCUCCUCAGGGCAGCCCCUGCCCGACCCUCAUCCCCAUCCUCCAAGGGGCAGGGGACUGUCUCCCUAUGUCUCCCUCCUGCCCACAUGCCCUAACCUCAGGAUACGUCAGAGUGUUGUUGCCAAUAGUUGGCAGCUCGAAAGAUACUCAGAACCCUCUUAGGCUCCCAGGCCUAAGACUGCCCCUGCCCAAGGUAGUGAUGGGCCAGUUUAACCUUGACCCCAGCCCACAGUGAGCACGGGCAGUAUCUGGACCUAGGGUGGCCUGAGAAGUGCCCUCUCCUUCCACCUCCGGACCAAGAACUUUAUUGUUCCUGCUUUCCCCCCUUCUCUGCAGGUAGAGAUAGUGCUGUGACCUGUGGAAGGCACCCAGUAGUCGAGCCCAUGUUACAGUUACUGUACCACCACCGUCCUGCGCACGCGCCUAAUGGUGGGACAAUGGCACACCUCAAGGCUGAUCAGAGCCCGGUAGCCUAACGGCAGCUACAGGACAAGCAUCAUCAGGUGAAGAGGCUUGGAUACGGGUCCAGCCAGACCUCUGUGACCAGGCGUGGGGGGGGGGGGGGGGGCGUGGCGCUGCAGUGAGCAGCUGUUUUCAUCAGAACCUGAGAACUGGAAAGGGCUGUUGGGUGGGAACUCUCAGCAGGCUUCUAUCUCCGUGAAGAUCCCAUUGUAGAAAACAAGAGCUGCUUUAGCUGGUUUAAUUAGACAGGAUUUAUUACUGGGUCCCUGACGGCUCUGAAAAAUCAUUGCAAGGGCUGGAGGAGCAGACUCUUCGCUGAAUUUCCCGGAAUGGCUCCCAGCUGCCAGAUCCAUCAUGUCUCCUGACCAGGAACACUGCUUCCGUGUGCAGGAAGCCACGGCUGCAGGAAGCUGCUGACUGCAGAAGUGUGCUCCCUCUGCUACUCGUCAUGCCAGCAAAUGGAUGUCCUGAGGCCUGCCGCUCUCUCACUCAAUUCAGUUCCCAAAUGCAGGUCUCUAAUGAAGGAUUCUGUUUGGGGGAUUGUAAAUCAGAUCCUGCACCUUGGUUGCAAGGGAGUCUGGGAAAUGUAGUUUUCUUUUUUCCAGCCUCAGCCAUUUCUCUCUCUCUCUCGCUCUCUCUCACACACACACACACACACACACACCCCAUACCCACCACUAGAAGGAAGUUCAAAUGGAGGUUGAACAAACCCAUCCAUGGUUUUUGCCGCUGGAGUCUACCUCCAGGCCUUGGCUUUGCACCAGCAGAGCCUCCAGGUUUCCUGCUCCCGGGCUCUGGUCCUGCCCAGGGGCAGGAGCCCAGAGGACGGGCCUACAGGGCCAAGCUGAAGUGUCUCUCCAGCCUUGGCUUUUCUUUCUAGUCCUGGGGCCUGGAUUCUGAACUUGGAAUCUCUGAUCAAAUCCAUCCCAAAGGAUCCAGACUAGCUGAACUUGGGGGUCUCUCACCUCACAAUGCUUCCCACUGGGGCCCACCUGGGGCAGAAGAAAUCCUCGGUUUUACCCCACCCCUUCAUCUACUGGAAUCUGGGCCACCCCCAGCAAUAUUUUAAACGUUGCCCAUUUUGUGAGUUAUGAUAAAUUUGUAUUAAAUUAAAGUUAUAGGGUA